AUGAAAAAAUCUACAUGUUUCUUUCUUUUAACACUCCUUCUUACGUUAGCAUAUGGUAAAGGGGUAAGAAACAAAUCCGAAAAUAGGACUUCAUACGUUCAUUACCACAAUAAUAGUAAUAUAAAGAACUAUUCAGCCGUAGAUAUAUUUUCACCUAAAAAAACUGGAAAGGAAUGCAUUAAAUGUCUCCCAGACAAUUUUUGUGAAUGCGAAUGUAGUUGUAAAAAUAAAACAGGUUUUUCAAUGAAAUAUAGACAUGCAAGUAAGGGAUCUAAGAGAUAUCGUAAAAAAAUGACAAAGACAUCUUCUCGUUCCAGACAAUGUAAUGACUUGCCACUUGAAAAAUCAGAACAAGGAACUGAACCGGAAUUGGAACCUGAAGUUGAACCAGAAGUCGAACCUGAAGUAGAACCAGAAGUUGAACCAGAAGUCGAACCAGAAGUCGAACCAGAAGUCGAACCCGAAGUAGAACCAGAGGUUGACCCCGAAACCGACGAAGGAACAGGAUCAGAAAAUAAAAUAACCGAAUGCUAUUCCUCCUGCAAAAGUGUUACAGGAGUCCAAACAGAAGAAUGUAGUUGUUCUUGCUCAUGUUAA